AUGGACAAAUCAUGGAUGAUGGAAAAUAGAAUGUCUAUAGAAUAUGAUGUAGGAGUUGAAAGUUCUAUUAAAUUUGGGUUGUCUCAUGCCAAAGGUUCUAAUUCGAUAAGAUGUUCAUGUCUAAAAUGCGUGAAUCGUUUACUUAAGAAUGUUUCAAUAGUUCGGUAUCAUUUGUAUGCCAAUGGAAUUGAUAAAAGUUACAAGAUAUGGUUCUGGCAUUGUGAAGAUUUGAACUCAAAGACCGUUAGCAGGAAAAUGGAAAAUACAGUCGAUGAAAACUAUGAACACGACGAUUUAUUUAAUACAGUAAGCAUAUUUCAAUCCGCUCAUGAUGAAUCUUGUAAUACAUCCAAUACAUUUGAUACUAUGUUUGAUGAUGCAAAGAAACCCUUAUAUCCAGGAUGUAAGAAAUUCACAAAGUUGUUAGCCCUCGUGAGAUUGUACAACUUAAAGGUUAGAUAUGGUUGGAGUAACACUAGCUUCUCUGAAUUGUUGUCCAUAAUAAGUGAUCUCCUACCUGACAACAACGAAAUACCAAUUUCUUUAUAUGAAGCGAAGAAAACACUAGGUGCCUUAGGAUUGAGUUACCAAAAAAUUGAUGCAUGUCCUAAUGAUUGUUGUUUGUAUAGAAAAGAGUAUGCAAACUUGACAAAGUGCCCUAAGUGUGGUUUGUCAAGGUGGAAGAUCAAUAAAAACUCAACGAAGGAACACAUUGGAGUGGCUGCCAAGCAAAUGUGGUAUUUUCCAAUAGUUCCAAGAUUUAUAAGAAUGUUUAAGAACUUAGAGAAUGCUAAGAACUUGCGUUGGCAUGCGAUAGAUAGAAAAGUCGAUGGUAUUAUUAGACAUUCAGCUGACACUCCAUCAUGGAGGUUGAUAGAUCACAUGUGGCCAACAUUUGGGUCAGAAUAA